GGCCCCAAAGUGCCAAAGCAGUCCCCAUUCGCCGGAGCGGAGUUAAUAGUCGAGAGCCUCGAGAGAGCACUUCCGUAGUGUCCUGUGCGGCGCUCAUAAACGGCAAACACCGACCAAGGACAGUUAUGUGUGGACCCAGUUAUUGCACACUGCUGCUAAUCGCGGCGUCCUGCUAUGUCCUCGUCGGCAGCCAUGCCAAGGCCUUACAGGGCACGGGCAAACUGGAUUUGGCAAAUCACAUCAGGGCAGGCUCUUCCAGAGGAGCCGGAUCAUCAUCAUCCGGCGGAGCUGGAGCAGCGGCAGUGGCGGCAUUAGCGGCGCGCCAGAAACGCGCCAUGGGCGAGUACAAAGAGCUGACUGACAUCAUUGACGAGCUGGAGGAGAAUAGCCUGGCGCAGAAGGCGAGCGCUACUCUGCCGGUGGCCGCCGUGCAGCCACAGGGCCAGGAUUUUGACUUGGAUAGCAUGCCGCCGUUGGCCUACUACCUGCUGCUGCAGAAGCUACGACAGUUGCAAAGCAACGGCGAGCAGGCUUAUCGCGUGCGCACGCCACGCCUGGGCCGCAGCAUUGACUUGCCGCUCCUGGACGGCGGCGGUGGUGGGGGAAUGGGUCUGGCGGGCAGCGAGGAGGCCACUGGUGGCCAGUUCAGGCGCGACCUGGUAAAGAAAUCGGUGCCUUUCAAGCCGCGCCUGGGCAAACGUGCUCAAGUGUGCAACGGCGGUGGUGGUGGCGCCGAUUGAGUCACGACAAGGACGCGAGGACACGACACAGACACGGAGACAGAGACACGGAAACCGACCAGGACAAGGUUGAGGCCAGCCGACUGGCCCUUGAGCUAACUUUUAACCCCUUAAUGGCCCGCUGGAAAAUCGACGCGACGCAAAAAUAAUCCACAUAUGCAUAGUGAAUGACUAGUUACGCGCUAUAACCCUGUUUUUGAGAGGAACUAAUGAUGUGUAUAUAUAGUAUAUAUAUAUUUAUUAUUUAUUUGAAUA